UAUAGGUAGGUCAUACAAUCACUCAAGGGAAAACCGAGGAAAAUCUAGAAUGUCUUCUCUGCCGACCAAGUCCUGGAGCAUUCAAUUGCGCGAACUGGCCAGCUCGCCCUUUGCCAUUAUUGCGCUGACCUGUGUCCUGGGAUAUGUGGCCUAUAUGAAGACCAGGCGCCAGCAUGGAACCUACGAUGAUGAGGACUACGAAAACGAGGGACACCGCAAGCUGCCGGCUCCAUUGACCGGACUACGUCUCAACCGCAAGCAGUUGGCCAAAUAUAACUCGGAACGUCCGGAUAAAACCUAUUUAGUGGCCCUACUCGACGUGAUCUAUGAUGUCUCGAGUGCAGCUCAUGAUUUCGGACCCGGGGGUAAAUAUGCCAAGCUUUCGGGAACCGAAGUGACUGGAUUCAUCAAGAAACAAUCGUUUUUCGAGAUGCGUGACUAUGAAACGUAUUUGAAGGAAUGGCAAAUGAUGCUGGAGGAUAUCUUCUAUCCUGCUGGCAAGCUAAUAGAAGGUGAAAAGAAUUUGUUCGUUGAGAAUAAUAACAAAAUGGAUUCAAUAGAAAAAGAGGAAAAGGUAGAGGAAAAAGUAGAGGAAAAAGUAGAGGAAAAUGUACAGGAAAAAGUACAAGAAAAAGUAGAGGAAAAAGAGAAGGUGGACAAGGAACCGCUACAGAAGAUUCCCGAACUUUCUGAACUGGAUUUGGCUUCACCAGAUGAGGGAAUCAAUUCCGAUUGCGAUUCUCUGCGCACUGCCUAUGAUGUUCUGCCUGAACAAGAUGAGCGCGUUGAUGAGGAUGAUGAUGAUGAUGAAGAAGAGGAGUUCUCUGACGCCACCCAGGAGGCUAAUGUGGUCCUAACCGAUGAAGCUUCCAGCCAGACCAUAUGGAAUGAAACAGAUGUAACGAUGGUGGCCAUUUCAUAAAGCCCCUCACCUUCUCGCAUCAUCCAUUUGAAAUCCAGACAAAAGUGGCACUUAACCCAUCAUAAGCCCCCAAAUAUGAACUUAAGCCCUUAGCCAUUAUAACACAAACAUAAAUAAAAAUCUUUCGGAUCUUAUGUGUAUCUGCAUUUGCAGCACUUACACCGAGAAAAACAUCAAACACUUUUUUACAUAACUCAAAAUUGUAUAUGGCUUAAGAUGAGGAUUUGUAAUAUAUUCCUAUCAAAUAUAUGGGUUAAUGUGUCAAUAAUUUAU